GGAUGGGACAAAGCGAGAGGGAAAGAGAGAGAGAGAGGUGUGGAGAAGAUCAUUAAAUGAUUAGGACAAACUUUUAGAGAGAGGUGUUCAAAUGUUUUAGAAAAGCUACAAAGUUUUUUGUUGUUGUUGUUCUGUAUGUAAGUGGUCAAGUAAUGCUAAUUGAGCAAUUAACAGUCUAGCUCUUAAAGAUAAGCAUAUUACUGUGCCAUUGGUAUUAGAUUAAUCCAUCACAGGACUUUUUAUUAUUUACGAAAGUGGCAGUAGUCUAUUUGUUAAAAAACAAAAACAAAAACAAAAAAAACAAAAAAAGGUAAUUUUUGCUUCAGAGGAUCCAGCAACAUCAAGGUUGAGUAAGGUUUGGAUUUGGACAAUAAUUACUUAAAGUAUCCCUGCUUUAUUAUCAAACCCACAAAUGCAGGAUAUCACACAUUUGAAAGAACUAAUCCAUGUGAAAAGGUGUGCUGGGAGGAAGCAGAUGUAGGAGUGUCAUCAACCUCACACUUGUCAUUGCUUACCUUUGAUCUACUGUAGCCUGUAGCACUUUUCCACACCUCUGAAAAGUAAAAGGCAGGGAUACACUUCAAGGAUGUCAAUUCUAUAGUAGUUCUGUAGGUUGACAACAUUCAAGCUCAAGAGGGGAUUGUUCUACAUUUGCUUAAUCAAGCACACCUCUCCUUACUUUACUGAACAACACCAGUGAAUCUGCUGAUGACGACAAUAAAUAUACAACGCAGGACUUCAGUGACAUCAAGUACAGUAGGUGGCGGUAAUGCACCUUUAGUGGUUUGCCAACCGCCAUUAAAACAAAAAGAAUAAGAAGAAGAAGAAAAAGAAUGUUCGCAAACUGGAAACAUGGCAGACUCAGAGGGAAAAGGUGAGUCCAAACAGACUGACAGCAGCAGCUGUGGUAAAGCUGUAGAUGGAGAUGGGAAAGUCGUGGAGAUUGCACGAGUUAAGAUUGAAGGUCGAGAACUGACAAAAGAAGAGAAGCAGCGUCUGCGGAAAGAGAAGAAACAGCAGAAGAAGGGCAAAAAAGAUGACAAGGGUCCAACAGAAAAAGGGGCGGAUAAAGAAAAAAAAGAAGCCCCUUCCACCGCUCAGCAUCCACUUCCACAGAGUCCAGCACAGAAAGUGCCAUCAGUUGUUGCUGCGCCUGUCAGUGUAGCUACAGUAGAGAGCUCUACAUCUGCAGACAAGCCAGCUAAGAGUAAAGCAGAGCUGAAGGCAGAGCGAAGGGCACGCCAGGAAGCAGAUCGUGCAGCGAAACAGUCUAAGAAAGAGCCGGGCGCCUCCUCCAUGAGCAAGCCUAAAGCUCCUCAGAGUGAACUACAGCCAGUGGUGAAACGAUUACCAGAACACAUCCAAGUAGAUGAUCCUGCAGUGGUGAGAAAGCUGGCCAAGAAGCUCGAGAGACAACAGAUUCCUCUGAGGUCGGAGUAUGGCUACAAAGUCAGCCUGUUCUCUCACCUGCACCAGUACAGCCGCAAAGCCCCUCUCACGCAGCAAAUCAGCAUCCCUGCCACAGUUAUUCACCCCUUCAUAGUCCGGUUGGGCCUGCAGUACUCCCAGGGCAUCAUAGCCGGCUCAAACGCUCGCUCUGUGGCUCUCUUGCAUGCCUUUAAACAGGUGAUUCAAGACUACAGUACUCCUCCAAAUGAGGAGUUGUCCAGGGACCUAGUGAACAAACUGAAGCCCUACAUCAGUUUUCUCAAUCAAUGUCGCCCCCUCUCGGCAAGUAUGGGUAAUGCAAUCAAAUACAUCAAGAAAGAGAUCUCCAAUAUUCCAAAUCAGUGCAAAGAGGAGGAGGCUAAGAAGAAACUAUUGUCAUGUAUUGACAACUAUGUAAAUGAGAAGAUCAAGUUGGCUGCUGAAGCCAUCUCUAAAUUCGCAAGUGAAAAGAUCAGUGAUGGUGAUGUCAUUCUAAUUUAUGGAUGCUCCUCGCUUGUCAAUCAUAUUCUGUGUGAGGCGUUUGAGAAACUCCAGAGGAAGUUCCGAGUCAUCGUGGUGGACAGUCGGCCCAGACUGGAGGGCAGGGAAGCACUGAGACGUUUGGUGAAGAGAGGAAUUCGCUGUACUUAUGUGCUCAUAUCUGCCCUCCCCUACAUUCUGCCUGAGGUGUCCAAGGUGUUUCUUGGAGCCCAUGCUCUUCUGGCUAACGGAUACGUCAUGUCACGAGUGGGAACGUCGCAAAUAGCCCUUGUAGCCAAGGCGUACAAUGUGCCUGUGCUGGUCUGCUGUGAGACCUACAAGUUCUGUGAACGAGUGCAGACUGACUCGUUCGUAUCUAACGAGCUGGAUGACCCUGAUGAUCUGAUCGUGACACGGAAGGGGAAGACCCAGCUGGAGAACUGGCAGUGUGUGAAAUCCCUGGGCUUGCUGAACUUGGUCUAUGAUGUUACACCUCCAGACUUUGUUGACUUGGUGAUCACAGAGCUAGGCAUGAUCCCCUGUACCUCUGUGCCUGUAGUACUAAGAGUGAAGAAUGUGGAUCAGUGAUGAUCAGGCUUCCCGUUUACAUCUGUUUAUUCAUAAGCCUGGACACGCUGCACAUCUGGCAUAAAAUAAAUCUUAUCUAAAAUGCCACUUCCUUUUUAAUCAGUGCUGUUCUGUCUUUUCCCCCCAUUAUCUUUGACAGAACAUCACCUAGAGGAGUUUCUGUACUUGUACAGUUUCUGCAUUUCUUUCAGAGGGUCAGAUAGGGUGCGUGUGUGUGCGUGUGUGUGUGUGUGUGUGUGUGUGUGUGUGUUUGAAGGGGGGUGGUGCUGGUGUGCGCAAGUAUAAUGUAGAAUAAAAUGAUGAAAAGGAGACACAUUUGAAGGAAUAAUAAUCUGGUGAUUUUCUGUUUGUCCACUCAAUAAAAUGCAACCAGUAGAAA